AAAUGUUCUCUUCUCAAAUAUGUCAGCGUAAUUUACUCAAAAAAUCGCUAUUGAAUACUGAAACUUCAAUUUUAACUCGUUUGACGACGAAAUGUUCCUUCAGCCUUUCAUCUAAGCAUCAAACGUCUGCACAAGCCGCGAUCGAUGAAAAAUCUUCAAAAGUAUUUUUUUCAAGACCAGCGCAAACAUUGAUGAAGAAAAUAACUGGUCUGGAUUUAGAGAAAGUGAACCAGUUCAGGACAUUACCGGGUCCUCUUAAAGAUCCAUUGUAUAAGUUUAUGACCACUGAAAUGCUUGAAAAAUGUCAGAAAGAUGCGAUCAAGAAAUCAUUGGCGAAGUUACAAAUGCCUCCGCUUAUUCCAAUCAAUGAAACUGAGACCGAAAUUUUAGAAUACACUCCAGAGAUCGUUGGAUUGUCCAAAUCUAAAUUUGUGUUCACUGAUAUCACUUAUAAUGUCACGGAUAGGAAAAGAUUAGUCGUCGUUAGAGAACCGAAUGGUAUCCUCAGGAAAGCUAACUCAUUCGAAAAACACCGCAUGAACCAGCUAUUUUUUCCUAAACCAGGACGUGAAUAUAAACACCCUCGUAUGUUCCAAAAAGAAAAUCUAGAACACUUGUGGGAAAGACGCGAAUUCUUAUUCAUUUUGGACCGAGCUUGCGUUCAAUUUGAACCAGAUGAUCCAGAAUACCACGAAGUCGUAUUCGGAACUUAUGAAAGAAUUAAUGAUAAACAGACCUAUGACCUCUUAAGAUCGACUAGGCAUUAUGGUCCCUUUGUUUUCUACUUGUGUUUGAGUAAAAACCUGAAUAAUUUAUUGAAAGAAAAUAUAGAAACGAAUAAAUUUGAUGAUGCUGUACGUACCAUUCAGCUGUACACUUUAAUCCAUCCAGAUUGUAAAUUUAAAACUCUAGAUGUGAAUCCUGAAGAUAAAUUGAAGUAUAUCAAAAGUUUUGUUGAUACUGAAAUGAGUGAUACCCAGAUGAUCAAUUCUAUCCUAGAAAAUUUACUGAUUCAGGCUGAGAAAGACAAAGAGCAGCAGUCGAAAGAAGAAUAGGUGAUAAUUUUAAUUUGUUAUGAAAACAUUUCAGUUCUGUUUUAAUGAUUUUUUUUUCAAUUGUAUUCUUUCGACAUUAUUGAUUAAUGAAUUGAAAAUACAUGCGAUUAUAGUUCAUA